AUGGAUGCGGUCGGGAUGGCGAACCGACGACGCGGGGGGACGACGGCGAAGACGUGGGCGCGCGUCGACGCGCCCGCGUGGACGGCGCUGGACGAGGCGACGAGAGGGGCGUUCGUGAAGGAUCCGGAGGAAUCGGACGCGCGGGCGAACGAACGCGCGUUCGAUGCGUCGCCGGGGACGACGCCGAGGAUAAAGCUCUAUCGCGACGCGGCGUCUUGGUGCCCGUACUCUCAGAAGAUUUGGAUGCAGCUCGAGGAGAAACGCGUGCCGUACACGUUGGAGCGAAUCAACAUGCGAUGCUACGGUUCCAAACCGAAGAGUUUUACGUCGAAAGUUCCGAGCGGGGCUCUUCCCGUGAUUGAGCUCGAUGGACGGGUGAUCACGGAGUCGAGCGUCAUCGCGGAUGUCAUCGAGAGCGAGUUCACCGAGCAUAAAAGUUUACUUCCGUACGCACCCGGAAGCGCGGAGAUGCGACGCGCGCAGACUUUGAUGCGCUUAGAGCGCGCGUUAUUCUCUCGAUGGAUGCAGUGGAUCACGAGCAGCUGGAGCGAUGCUUCGGCACAAAGCAUGUACUGCGAAACAUUGGAUGCGGUGGACGCGGAGCUCGGCGCCGGCGGCGGUCCGUACUUUAUGGGCGCCGAAUUCACGCUCGUAGACAUCGCGUACACGCCGUUUCUCGAGCGCAUGGCGGCGAGUAUUCUGUACUACAAGGGGUUGAAAAUCGAAGGCAACGGUGGUCGAUGGCCGAAUCUCGACAAAUGGUUCGCCGCGAUGGCGCAGCGUAAGGUGUACCGCGGAAUCAAGAGUGACUACUACACGAACGCGCACGAUCUUCCGCCACAGCUGGGCGGAUGCGCUGAAAACGGCGAUAACGUGCAGGCUCGGGACGCGAUCGAUGGCGUCAACGGCGUCGAUUGGCGUUUACCACUCGGCCCUCUGAAUGAGUCGAGUAUGGAGCCGUGGUGGGGCGUGGACGAUCCCGCGCUCGCUCGCAUGGAAGCGGCGAGGCGCGUCAUUGAAAAUCACGUCAACGUGACACGUUUCGCCGCUCGGGGCUGUGGUACACCAGGUUCACCCGGAUACUCGGCUCCUUUGUCCGAUCCGAACGCCAAACCUGGUGAGGAACACAUUCCCGCCGUAGACGCCGCACUCCGACUCGUCGUUCACGCCAUGAUCAAACCGGAAAUCACCGACGCCGCGGCGGCACCAGCCGUGAGUCGCGGUGAAUCGCACGCGGUUGCCCCGACCGUGGCAUCACUAGAGUACCUUCGAGAUCGCAUCGGUGUUCCGCGAGAUAUGAGCUAUCCCGCCGCUCGACAGCUGCGCGCGUAUUUAAAUUGGAUGAUCGAUGCGUUGGUGGCCGUGUAA